AUGGUCGAGGUAGCCGAGUCCUCUCCUACCGGUGAUGUGGUCUUGGUGGUGGGCCCGGGCCGGCUUCGUUUUCGCGCCCACUCGGCCACACUGGAAAUGACCUCCGAAGUCUUCCGCGACAUGCUUCACGACGGAUGGAACGUCUCCGCGUCUGACCACGGCGAAUACAUACUUCACGAUGAUAACCCUGCCGGCUUUCGCCUCAUUUUCGACGUGAUCCAUUUUAGGAACCGACAUCGCGCGCCAAGUGCGGCCGAUAUCCUCGAAGCGGCCAUUGUCGCCCACAAAUAUCAAAUGGGAAACGCCUUGUCGCCGGCGUCGCGGCAAUGGCUGAGGAGCCGCGGCGCUGGCUCCAUGCACCCCAGGGCUCGCAUGGAGCUAUUAGCAGCGGCAUAUAUCUUCAACGAUUCCGAAGCGUUUGAAACUAUUUCCUCGGAGUUGAUCUUAGAAUAUGCGCAUCAUUAUCAUGGCAUUGUCGAUUUCAAAGUCCUGGAUGUACAUCUCCCCUGGCAAGUCGUCCACGGUCUUGAGGAAAGGCGAGCCCAGCUCCAAAUCGACCUCCACCAACUCCUCAUAACCUUGGUGGACAGGAGGGAAAACUGCCCCUGUGACAAACUCAAAGCAGAUGCCCUGAAAGCACUCCAGGAGCAAUAUACCUUUCCCCGAAUCCAGCAAGUCUCAAUUUUAGACAUCAUCAGGGAUAUACUCCAGAUUGUUUAUGAUGGACAGGAUCCCAAGGUUGCAUUCGAUACAUACCAGCCUGUUGGAGCGCCAAUCGCAUUCACCAUCUACCAGGCACUGGAGCGUCUCCGAAAGGAUAGCCGACUCUGUCUGAUCUGCAUUCGAGAGGGUGAUUCGGAUCCCAUGUCGUGUGAGCAUUAG